AUGCAACCCCUGCGUACCAUACGAAUUAAUCCACCCGGGUCAAACAGGGUUUCACUCCCAAAAUUUCCUUACACAAACAGCUUCAAGUGGAGAUGCUCCAUCUUUCAAUAUAACCAUUGGAGACAACUUCCCUAUAUGGUUCUAUUGUUCAGCUCUUGAUUCAUGCCAUCCGAACGGAAUGGUUGGGGUAAUUAAUCCUGCUGAAGGCCAAUCUAUUGAUACACAGAAAUCUGCAGCAAUAAGUGCAGAAUACCAGCUCCUUCCAGGCCAGUCAUGGCCAGCAGAAGGUACUAGUCCAGGCUCGCAACCAAGUUCAACAUCUUCCGUAUCUAAGAACCUGGAGAGCCAGAAGGUAUCAGGCAGUGCCAUUGCCGGUAUAGUCAUUGGUAUCUUACUGGCAAUAGUACUCACAGUUGCUAUGGUCUUUGUUAUAAGGCGAGCAAAACAGGGAAAUGCCCAGAAGGAUCCAGAAGAUUCCAUGUCCUUAACUGAACGCGACGAUGAGGAACAGACGGUCCCUGUGGCAAUGGAAUUUGAGCCAGCAACGCCCCGCAUCCAGAGUGAUCUUGUCAGACCUCUCUCCUCAACACCAUCACUUCAGCAGAACAAGUCUGUACAACGGAUCUUUUACAAAUACCCAUUUAUUGAGAAACCACUGGUGGCUCCAACGGGUCAUCCUGCAUUUAGAUCAGAAGCAUCCAGGGACACCGCAAAUGAGCUAAGGGGAGAAGAGGCUUUCAUCGCUAGGGCUUCAAGAUGAACAUUUAGAUCACUUCUUCUUCUUCUUCUUUGACACAUCAACUUUUAUAAUGUGUAGUCUAUAUAUUUUCAGUUUAAGAAUCCAAUUGUUUAUAUUCAACCUGCAGGACUAUAUGGCUGACUCUGAUUCUCUUUUCUAAUGCCCCAAAACUUCAAC